AUGCCGUUGACAAAGGCGCAGAAUGCGGCGCAAGGGCCACCAGCGGAGGUGAACGGGGACAUGAAGACCGAUGGCAAGCUGCCGACGAAGGAGGAGCUGAAGAAGCUUGUGGAACUGGACGUGUUUGAUGUAGAGAACAAGGCGCACAAAUUCAAGACCUUGUUGCAGCAGGACGAUGGCAGCCCGCGCAGGACGCUGAUUAUCUUUAUACGGCAUUUCUUUUGUGGUGUAAGUCAUCACGUCUCUUCCGCCAGUAACAAUACACCAGCUUCUCUGUUUUAUUAUUGGCAAAAUUGCUGCGAGCCUCCAUAUGAAUUGCCAACUGACCCCACUUUCUCACAGAAUUGUCAAGAAUAUACUACUUCCGUCUCUUCUCAAAUCCCACCAUCGACUCUCGCCUCACUCUCGCAACCUACCUCCAUCGUCGUAAUUGGCUGCGGCUCCCCAAUUCUGAUGCAAAACUACAUCGACAUGACCGGCUGUCCCUACCCGAUCUACGCCGACCCCACCACACGCCUGUACAAAACCCUACGCCUAGGCCGAACACUUAAUCUUGGUAACAAGAGCCCACAAUAUAUGCAGCAUACCUCAAUACCUCGGCUUGCCUUACGGAGUAUCUGGCAGGAACUUCGCUCCGGAAAGAACUUGUUUAGAGGCGGCGACUACACACAAGUAGGUGGGGAGUUUCUCUUCGAGCCCAGCGACACGUUUCAAGGAGUAAAGGCUGUCUCCAAGGUAUCGUGGUGUAAGCGAAUGAGAAAUACGCGUGGUCACGCUGAAAUAUCUGAGCUAAAGAAUGUGCUUGGCAUCACCGCCAUGGAAAAUGUAGAGAAGCCUACAACUGAAAUCAACGGUGAGACGCAAGCGUCAAGGAAACGUUGGAGCGUCACUGCAGCAACUUCGGGCUUCGGUCGACGCCUGUCAAAAAGCGCAGGUAAGAACAGAAUGAGCUGGCACGCUGGUGCCGGUAAGCAGCCAAGCACCGACGCGACAAGGGCCAAGUCGCCGUCUGACAAAGAAGCUGAACAGGAAAGACAAGUGCUCGAGCAGUUGAAGGAAGAUAACGAGGUUGAGGGAGAAGAGAAGGGGGCUGACGAUGCAUUUGACAAGCUGACGAAGAAGACCAAUGGUACGGUCUUGGAAUCACAUACCAACGGAACUGCUGCCGAAGGGAAAGUAAACCCUGCUGUUACGGGCGACGCUGCUGCUGCCGAGGAGCCAAUGAAUGGCCAUGCUGUCGAAGGAAAGCUUGCUAGGGAAACCCAAAUGAUGCCUGAGGAGCAGCUGAAUGGCCAUGCCAUUGAAGGAAGGUCGGAAGCAACACUCAAUGGCACUACCCCCGAAGAGAAGCUGAACGGCCACGCCAUCAAGCCCAGCCUCGAGCCGCUGCCCAACGGCGUAGCUCCUGAGGAGAAGACAAAUGGUCACGCCAUCAAAAGCAAACCCCAUGGAUCUCUCAACGGAGCCGCCAUUAACGGCAGUCCCAAUGAUACGGGCCUUUGGAGUAAGAUCGAGAAGACUGCCAAUGGCGCUGCCAUUAAUGGGUGUGCCAACGGCCAUGUCACUGCAUAG